UGCCUUUCUUCGUUCAGGCACUUGCCCCUCUUUUUUCUCUGACCAAGCAAGAAAAGCCGCACCUUGGUAAGUCAGCCACCCCUCUCUCACUUCCACCACACCCCACGCUUGGAUGAUGAAACAAAACUAUGCCCAUGUUCAUGUUCUGAGAACCAAACACUUUCGACUGCUCAAUGACAGAGAAAAAAGUCCCAUGCCGGAAUCUGAGGCCAAGCAACUUUGUCUGCACUUGCAAUCACUUUCGCAUCAGUUGUCCUUGAUCUUGGCUAACAGCAAAGAACUUGCAGACACUCGCCGCCGUUUCUUCUCCCAGCAGACCAGUCUUUGACAAGAAACUGACCACUUGGCAUUUGAGUCUGAGCAGACAACAUAACUUUAAGGUCUUUCGCGACACCAAAGAGCCCAGGAUGACGCGACACUCGUCGGCACUGCUCCAUCGCGAUGGAUUCCUUCACUACUCCCCAACGCUCUCCUUCAACGAGGGCACAGCCACAGCCAAGACAAGAACUUACAACUUCUGUUCGCAGGUUCUUUUGCAGUCAGCCGCUCCCAGAAGUGAGAACCAACGAUGUUACCGCUACACCAUACCUGAUACCCGAUUUUGGACGACCGAGCGGUGAAGCCAACAAACGACGAAAAGAACGCCCGGAAAUGCGGUCAAAGAGAAAGAAAGGGAGCUCCGGAAAGGAGCAGAACCAGAACCGUAAAACAGCAAAAGACAUCCUCGCCGGUGCGGUCUUUCAGUCUUCCAGGCACUUGCAAGCGCUUCGUUCAAAGCCAUCACGCAAGAACCUGAGUCACCUUGUCCCUUUCCGCGGAGACAGAUGCCUUCGAGAGCUGCGAAAGAGGCCACUCGUGCCCGUCCGGACGCGUAUACGGGGUCGUCCCAGCGAAGCCUCGUGCUUUUUAUCUGCUUCCUGGCAAGGCUCGCCCAGCAGCAAAGCCAGCCCCGAAGCCAGAGCCUGCAAAGGCCGAACCAGCGAAACCGUUGGUCAAGGCAGAAGCUGCAAAGCCAUCUGCCGCAUUGUCUGCGUCCAAAUCCAAGGACCAGAGAAGGACCUUGACUUGACAGGUGUUGGCACUCCCCAAAUCGUCACUUGGAUCCGUCGUCCGAACUUUGAUGUCCGCCUCACUUUUGCGCUGGCACUUCUAGACUCGGCUGCAUCGGAGUCUCUCCCUACCGAUGUCAAGCGUCGUGUCGCUGGCCUGAAGGGCAUCCAGAAGGAUGCAGUUCCCAACUGGAAGAACAAGAAGAACCGAGGUGGCGGUCGUCUACUCAACCUCUUGAUUCAACUCUUCAACCUCGGUGCGACGGUGAAGUCAGCUCUUCGAACUCUUUGGUUGCUUUACAAACCUCAGCUUUCGGGAACAAAGGCGCCUCCUAACGAAUCAAUCCGGCGACCACCUCACUAAAAUGGAUCAAGGAAUUGAAAGCUUGAAGGGGCUGGGUGAUCCUGAGACCAAUGACUUGGUUGCGACUAUCGUUGCAAGAUGUCGAGAAAUAAUGCAGGGAAGAAAAGUCCUGCGACCAAGUCGAAGAAGGAGG